AUGACCAUGGACGCCGAGACGUACACCCACCUCACAGGCAACCCCUACACCAUGGACACGUCCUCCUCCACCACCUCCCUCGGCCCGCAGGCAGUCCCGAGAGAGCUGUUCCACGAGGCCAGCUGGCGCACAAUAAUGUACAACCAAACUACGGAGAACGAGAUGGCGGGUUUCGGUACUGAUCAACAACAACAAAACUCACAGGUUCAGGUGACCUCCCCAACAGACCCAUCAAUGACCGACAUCGAUCUGGACAUCGAUGAUGACCUCGACGUCACCGCUGAACUCCAACAACAGUCACCAUCACGACCACAACUGACCCGUGUGAAUAGCUUCGACUUCGUCCUCCACCGCGCCAACCAACUCGCCUCGGAGCAGCAACGCCAACAACAAGGCUAUUCCAACUCCUUCGACCUUGCACUAACGCCCCCUCCUCCGCCUAGCACGCCCGUCCGCGCACACACCACCCCCUCCCUCACAGCUUCAUCGACGCCGUAUGAGGAGAUUGAGAUGCGGGAUUUGCUCGCUCCUCCUCCUCCCCCAGCUCAGACGAGAUCCGCCACGGAGGGUGUGGGUUGGAAGAACAAGGUUUGGGGCUGGUGUACGGGGGUUUGUGGGGCUUAUUCGGAGGUUGUUAUGAGGGAGUCGGUUGGUACGACGACGACGGCGACGGCGACGAGUAGUUGGAGAGUUGAUGGUGGUGUGACGGCGCCGAGGAGGACGGCGAGGUAA